AUGAAAACUAUUGAGAAGAGUUGUCGUCCCAUGUUGUCGGACAAACGCCGUGAGACACUCGGGUCCAUGUACACUCUGGUAGGCAGUCACAGUGCAGUUAAACUCUGCCGCUGGCAAAAGUCCAUGAUGCGUGGAAGAGGCGGUUGUUACAAGUGGACAAUGUAUGGAAUUGAGUCGCAUCGUUGUAUGGAGGCAACUCCAAGUAUGGCUUGUGCGAAUAAGUGUGUUUUCUGUUGGAGAUUAAAUACGAACCCUACAGCCACAGAGUGGAAAUGGCAAAUUGAUGAUCCAGAAGUUAUUGUGGAAGGAAUGUUAUCUAGUCAUAAGAAUCUUAUUCAUGGUGUGAUGGGUAUGCCUGGGGUAACAGAAGAAAGAUUAGAUGAGGCUAUGAAUCCAAAACAUUGUGCACUUUCUUUAGUUGGAGAAGCUAUUUUGUAUCCAUAUGUGAAUAAAUUUAUUCACAACCUUCAUAAUAAGGGAAUAUCAACAUUUCUUGUAAACAAUGGUCAAUUCCCUGAUGCGUUGAAGGAAUUAAAACCUGUUACACAGUUAUAUUUGAGUGUAGAUGGACCUAAUAAGGAAGUUAUGAAGGUUUUAGAUCGACCAGUUUUUCCUGAUUUUUGGGACCGAUUUAACCAGAGUAUACUUCAUAUGAGAGAAAAGAAGGAAAGAACAGUUUUUCGUUUAACUAUGAUUAAUGGAUUUAAUAUGAGUGAAGAAAAUAUUCCAGAAUAUCGAAACAUCUUUGAAACCGGUAGACCAAACUUUAUUGAACUUAAACGCCUUACACCUGCCUUUUCUGGAGAUAUGCGGACUAUACUACGAAUAAAGAAUGUCCCCUCGUGGGAUCAACUGAAGGCGUACAGUAAACGACUGUGUGAGAGUAUUUUUGACGGGAAAGAGUAUGAAGUUGCAUCCUUGCACGAACACUCUGGUUGUAUUCUAUUAGCGCAGAAAAGAUUUAGACUUGAUGGUCAAUGGCACACAUGGAUUGACUUUGACAAGUUCAACAGAAUGAUUCUUGAUCCUGUUCUUUCUUCCACCAUUACGGCUGACGGUUAUCUGCGGCCCACACCAGCGUGGGCACUCUCAGACUCUGAAGGGGAGGGAUUUGAUCCCACACAGACAAGACACAUAUCGACAAGACGGCAGAAGUACAUGGGGAAAUCAGAAGCGUCUGAAUCUCAAGAAGAAGGAAUAAAAGCGGAGGAGAAUGACAAUGAGGAAGAAAAGAAACAAAUCAAAGAAAACAUACAAUAA